AGAAAUAGAAAUACGAGAAAGAGAAAGAGAAAUAGAAAUACGAGAAAGAGAAAGAAAAAGACAGAAAAACAGAGAAAUCAUGGUCCCCAAUCCCUUGAACCGUGAGCGAGAGGCCCGGAGAGAAGGACCAUGGUGGCGUGUGUAUGCCCCAGUCCUCUUAUGUGUGGCCGUGAUGUGUGCUGUUGCCAGUUACCUCGCCUAUGCCGCCUAUGCCAGCACUCACACGUCACAUGACACGAUAAUUAUGAUAGAGUCUAAUUGGUCCCUGAGGAAUGGAAAUGGAACUAUCAGCGUUGGAGGGACUGUGCCAGGGGGGGUGUACACGGACCUCCUCUUUGCCAAUGUACUGAAGGGGGGAGACUUCUACUACCGCUACAAUGAUUUCGAGUACCGCUGGGUAGCCAAUGAUAACUGGACUUAUUCUACGACGUUUGAUGUUGACCCAAAAUUAGUGGAACAUGAACGAGUAGCGCUGAUCUUUGAUGGAUUAGACACAGCAGCCGAGGUUUUGGUUAACUCUAAGACCGUGGGGGAGUCUAAUAACAUGUUUGUCAGAUAUGUCUUCGAUGUGAAGGAUUAUCUAGAGGGUACAACAGUAAACCUUGAUGUUGCAUUCCGAUCACCUGCUGAGUACGCCACCCAGAAGUACAACGAACAGGCUGUAAACUACAUAGUUCCACCAAAGUGUGUAGAUCCAGCAUUCAAAGGGAUAUGCCAUGCCAACCACAUUCGCAAGAUGCAGGCCUCUUUCAGCUGGGAUUGGGGUCCAGCCUUCGCGAAUUUGGGGAUAUGGAAGGACUGGCACCUAGUGGGAUGGAACUCCUUGCUCGUCAAAAACAUCAUGUUUGCUGCCCAUCCAACAUCUGCUCUGCCCUCCGUCCCAAACCACGAUUUCAAACCCGGCUGGGAUGUCACUGUGAAGGUGCUGUGCGACUCGGCCAUCGAACAAGGACAAAUGGAGGGAAGUGUCUACGUGUCUCUGGCAGAUAUCUUUAGCAUGAAGUAUACAGUCACUGCCGUCAUUGAAAAUUAUGAGACAAUGCUCACCUUCAAUUUCACCCUUGAAGAGAAUCAAGUAGACAUGUGGUGGCCCAAUGGCUAUGGUUCCCAGCCUUUAUACGAACUUUCGGCCGUCUGGAAGAAUACGGACCAGAGUGAAGAGUCUACAGCAAGUGUGCGGGUUGGGUUCCGAACAGUAGAUCUGAACCAAGAUUAUGUCAAUGAGACUGAUCCAACAAAAGGUCGGCACUAUAGGGUGAUAGUGAACAAUGUUACAAUGUUCAUGAAAGGCACCAAUUGGAUACCUGCUCAUGUGCUGCCAGAGAUGGUGACAGAGCAAUACACAAGGGAACUUUUGAAGGCAGCGGCUGAUACACAUCAAAACUGCAUUCGAGUGUGGGGUGGCGGCAUCUACGAGACUGAUGUCUUUUAUGAGAUUGCUGAUGAGCUUGGACUUCUGAUAUGGCAAGACUUCAUGUUCGCUUGCAGUAUGUACCCUGUCGAUGAACCAUUCCUUGAGACAACGAAGAUGGAGAUCAAAAUGCAGAUUCAACGUCUUCAACAUCACCCAAGCAUUCUUCUCUGGGCUGGUAACAAUGAGAAUGAGGCAGCAUUAAGGGGCAACUGGUAUGGAACAGCAUCAGACUUUGAACUCUAUAAGAGAGACUACAUAAAGCUGUAUGUAGACACAAUAAAAACAGUUGCAGUGGAAACAGAUGACAGUCAUCCCUUUGUCAUAAGUUCUCCAAACAAUGGUAUUGAAUCGGAGGAAGAAGGUCACGUGGCCAAUAAUCCAUACAGUACACUCUAUGGUGAUGUCCACUACUACAAUUACCUUAGUGAUGCUUGGCUUGGUCAUGCUACGCCAAGAACAAGGUUUGCUUCUGAGUACGGCUUCCAGUCUUGGCCUGUCUUCAGGACAAUGAAGGCUGUGACUACAGAAGAGGACUGGAAUAGAGAGUCAGCUAUGAUGUACCACCGACAACACCACCCAGGCGGACAGGCAGAACUCGCAUUGCAAAUUGGGUUGCAUAUGCACAUGCCUCCCCAAGAUGGAUCUGUUGAAGUUUAUGAAUAUUAUCUCUAUCUCAGCCAGAUUCACCAGGCAGUGGCUAUAAAGACUGAAACAGAAUUCUACCGUCGUGCGAUGAGUGAGCUGAAUGAGAAAGGAGAAGGAUAUACGAGUGGAGCUCUUUACUGGCAGCUAAAUGAUAUCUGGCAGGGAGCUUCUUGGGCCUCUAUAGAGUAUGGUGGUCGCUGGAAGAUGCUUCACUAUUAUGUAAAGAAAUUCUUUGAUCCAGUCCUUGUCUCAAUGUAUGUGGAGAAUGAAAAGUUGUUUGUCUACAUAGUAAGUGAUCUUGUACAUCCUGUUGAUGAUCUGCGAUUGGUGAUUGAUCUGCAUCGUUAUGACAAGAAGGAGAGAGUUCGCAAUAUAAGUGACACUGUUAUUGUUUCACCAUCUGAGGCCAGUUUAGUAAUGGAAUUAGACAUGUGGCAAGACCUACAAAUGGAUAGACUGUGCACAUAUGAUCUCUACGAUGAAGAAGAUGUGUGCUUUGUCGUGUCUCAUCUUUACCAUUCUGAUGGCUCUCUUGCAGCACCUGAUAAUUUCCACUUGUUUGGAAAGCCUAAGGAUGCUUUCUUACCCCAUGCUACAGUCUCGUUGGACAGCAUCUCUGGCCCGACAGAAACACAGCACAGUAACUGGACCUUCAACAUGACCGUCAAGAGCGAUGAGGUAGCGCUCUUCGUGUGGCUUGAGGUGGACUACCGUGGCGUCUUCUCAGAUAAUGGAUUCCUAAUGACUGGGGAUGUGGUAGUGGAAUUCUAUGCCUAUGAGGAGGUUUCUCUCAGUGAGAUAGAGGGAAGUAUCUCUGUCAUAUCUCUUACUGAUACAUAUAGCAAAGAGAGGGUGUCUACGAACCUCAUUGACAGAGCCUUUCAUCCGAAUGACAUUAUGAAUGUGGUUCAUUUUUGAAACAGAUAUUUUGUAACUCGAAGUACUGGUUAAUAUUAGUUCCAAUGUAUGAUGAAUACACUGAUUCAUACAAAAGGCAAGUGAGCAUUGUUUUUAUGAUAUGUUAAAUAGAAGCUGUUCUUUUGGGAAAUAUAUAAGCAGAGCGUAGUGAAGGGUUAUUUAGGAAGAGGGUAUAUCAUUAAUAUUUUGACAUUAUAUUACAGUAUAAUAUACCAAACAAGUCCUGGUACCUGAUAUGUGAAAUAAAGGGCAUACUUUA